UGAAAAAUGAGCAUGACCCUUUUUAUCUCAGUUUAGCGAACAAAAUAUCAGAGUAAUACUUUGAGGUCCUCGUCAUAUAGCCGCCGGUGCUAGUCAACAGUCGCCGGGUUUUGGAAAAUGAGCACGAGCCUUAUGGUCGCAGAUUCCAUCUGGAAUGACAUUGAGUCAACUCGGUCAGUGACUGAUGACCAUCUCUCCACAUUGCAUUUUAUUUUUGGGAAAAAUUUCGAGCGUGCAGCGAGGGUAGUGGAUCAAAGAGGAGUCAAACGAAUCUGCGGUCAACCCAGCGGGCGUUCCAUUUUUCAGGUCGUUGGAGAGUCAAGGAAGAAGGAGGAGUAUUUGUGCUUCCCAGAGCAUUAUUGUGCUUGCUAUUCUUUCUUUUACGACGUCGUGAACAGAGGGGAACAACUCUGUUGUAAGCAUCAGAUUGCUGCAAGACUUGCAAAUUCGCUAGGAGCAUGCAUUGAUGUUAUGGUGUCUGAUGAAGAGCUGGCUGUGUUGCUAUCCGAACUUUAAUGGGAUUGCAGGAUUGGUCCACUUAUUAUCUUCUUCAGGAUAUAUGCCAAUCACAGGGAUUUUGCAGAUAUUGAUGCCUUGGAACAUGUAAAUAAUCAGCUUUGCCCAAAACUAAGGUUUGGAUGGAUGGUUUUGGAGGGGUUUAGAGAGGAAUAUUUUGAUUUUUUUAGUUUAUAUCUUGUUAUACAUUCGAUAUUUGAUGUUUCAUACAAAUGAAAGAUUAACAUAAUAUUUCAUCAUAUAACAUUUGGAUCACCUUGUAUCUGUUUUUACAAACAUACUACGUACUACUUCAGGCUCUCUAAAUAUAUAUGUAUCAUGAUAAAUAAUACUACGUAGUACGUAGUACGUUUCUAAAAACAUCAUGAUAUGGACUUGGCUCUCUAAAGUCUUUCCAUCCUAACAGACCUCAAGGAUUUGUAGCAGUGCCACACCUCUUACUUAUUAGUUCAGGCAACAAUGUACAGUCAAUAGUAAGAAUAAUCCAUUCCUCGUUAUAAGGAUGAUGAAAGCAGCCGAAAUACCAUUUUAUAAACCUACAAGAAUGGAUUCUUCUAUCUUUUAGUGCUAUGAACAUUUAAAUGCUGUGAUUAAAGCUGAGAGAUUAAUUAGAGUUUUUUUCCGUAUUAAUGUUAAUUAAUUAAUUAAUUACGAAAAUAGGGUUGGGUUAAAAGUAUUUACCAAAAUACUGCUGGGUUAACCAUGGUCGGGGGUAAGUCGCCCAACGGUUGGGCGACUUAUAAGUCGCCAAACGGUUUGGCGACUUAUAAGUCGCCCAACCGUUGGGCGACUUUCCCUUAAGUAAAAAUCGGGUCUCGCCCCAAACAGAACACUUCACAGAAGCCUCCAUCUCCCCCAACUGAAAGUAGCUGCUGCGACGGACGAAGAAGAAGACGGACGAACCGCCAUCUCCAACUCCGGCGCUCCUCCAUCUUCGGCGACUCCACUCCGGCAACCCUCCAUCUUCAUCUUCAACACUCUUUACUCCUUAUUCUAGGCAUGGAGGUGAUAGCGGAUCCUGGGCCGAGUGAUCCUUCUGUCCUGACACUGCAGGCCUCACACAGGAGUGAGGAUGUUUGGCUUGGCAUGGAUGUGCAGGUUGAUAGGUGCCGCGAGCAUCUGCGGGGUUUGUCCCAUUUACAUGUCGACCCCAGAGUCCUAGCAUAUGUUCGUGCAGCAGGUUUUUUUACACUGCACAGGUUAGUGGCUACUGUGCCUUUAGAUAGAGCCCUCCUCACUGCUCUACUUGAGCGUUGGAGGCAGGAGACACAUUCAUUUCACCUCCCUGUUGGUGAGGUCACCGUGACAUUGGGAGAUGUGGCUGUACUGACUGGGUUAGAGGUUGAUGGGAGAGCUGUUACAGGCACUGCUUGUCGACAGUGGGUGGAUGAGUGUGAGAGGUUGUUAGGCAUCCGCCCCAUUCUUAGGGCUGACCUUCAGGGGUCAUCUCUUAGGAUGCCAUGGUUGAGGGAGCACUUCCAGGCCCUUCCUCCCGACGCUGAUGAGAUGAUCAUCCAGCAGCAUGCUCGGGCGUAUAUAUUGAUGAUGAUGGGAGCCUCCAUUUUCGCUGACAAGAGCGGAAAUGAGGUUCAGGUGCUACACCUGCCUUUGGUGGAGAGGUUUGAUGUAGCAGCACAGUUUAGCUGGGGUAGUGCCACCCUGGCUUAUCUCUACAGGCAGCUGUGUCGCGGGUGCCAGAGAGGGAGCACAGAGCUGGGGGGAUUUUUGCUACUCCUCCAGAUUUGGUCAUGGGAGUAUAUCCACAUUGGCCGUCCCAUUAUAGUUGGAUAUCAUGGCAUUGAUGGACAGCCACUGCCUGAUGAGCCUCCACGUCUGCUAGGACCACAUCAUGUACGGGGCGUGGAUCCUCUAGGCCGUCGGUGGCUAUAUGCUGGUUUAUCUCGCAUGUCAUCCGCUACUGGCCUCGGUGUGUACAGGGAUGCAUUGGAUCGGAUGUCAGAGGACCAGAUCACAUGGAUGCCGUAUAGACCUGAUAUGUUAGCAGAGUUGCCCCCAGCUGGACGAGAGCAGACUCACAUAUGGCGAGCACGUGUGCCGCUGAUAUGUUUUGACAUUGUUGAGCUUCAUUUGCCUGAUAGAGUCAUGCGACAGUUUGGGUUUGAGCAGGUCAUUCCACGUCCUAUCGACACUUAUGUAGAGCUGCAUAAGCUGGAUAGGCGUGGGAAGCAUACAGAGGAUUGGGCACUCAGACAUGUCCGAUACGUGACUAUGUGGGAUAGGAGAGCUGAGCUAGCCGUGGCUGGGACACCCACAUAUGUGCCAUCAGUUUCAGGAGAUUACAUGGGAUGGUACUACAGCAUCACUCGGUUGUUUGUGUCUCCUUCGUUCAGACUCCCUACUCAUCAUUAUCAGCCUAGCUCAUUGGCAUUGCAUCUUACGACCCGAGCUUUGCAGCGCAUACAUCAGCGGGCUACUGCCACUGUGACUGAUAUUCCUGAUGUGGACAUGUAUGGACAGACUCUGACAGGCAUUGUCUCGUUAUGCUCAGAUGUGUUGGGUCGAGUAGACUACGGACAUCUUAUACACAUGCCCGCAUCUCAGGAGAUGGCAUCCACGUCUAGUGCAGCCGCGGCUUCAUCAUCCCACACGCAACAUGAGAGAGUGGUUCUUCAACCACGACAACGCCGUAGGCGUAGACAUGAGCAGCAACAUCUCCAUGACGAAGCUGAUGAUGGGAACUUGUAGUUUGUCUUUUGUAUUGUAGUUUUUCUUAUGCAAUAGAUGUUGUAGGAACAAUUUACAAGUUUUGAUGUAUUUUCUCUUGUUAAGUAUUCUAUGUUGUAUUGAUGUGUUCGAGUAUGAAUAUUACAUGAUUAUUUGUUAUGGCAUAUAUGAUGA